AUUAAAAAGAAAACUGAAAAACUCAGUCACUCACUCACUCUUCACUGAUAUUGAUAUUCAAAAUCAAGUGAGAAAGACGAGUGAAAACGACAGCGUUUUGAAUUGGGUUGGGUCAGUAACAGUCUAAGUCUCUCCAUUAUUAUGGGCUGCGCCAACUCGAAGCUCAACGAUCUUCCGGCGGUGGCCUUGUGCCGGGACCGAUGUAAAUACCUAGACGAAGCUCUCCGCCAUAGCCAAGACUUCGCUGAAGCUCACGCCGCUUACCUCGACUCCCUCAAGGCAUUGGGUCCCGCUUUUGAUCGUUUCUUCAGUACAAAAGUACCAGUCAACAAUGAAACUUUAAAAAAGUCUUCUUCUUUAUCUCCGGCGGCCGUUGCUUCUUCUUCCCCGCUGCAUAAAUCAAACUCAGCAGACUCGCACCUUCGAUUCCCUUCCGAUUCUUCUGAGGACGAGGAUAGUGAUAAUCAUAAUAAACUCGGGCAUAAUUGCCUCAACGAAGAGGAAUCCCAAGGCUUAAUCUCUCACAACUUUAAUUACUUGAAUUCGAAGCCGCCUCCAUCUCCUCCACCGGCUUCGCUCGGCUCGGCUUGGGAUUUCUUGAACUUGUUCGAAAAUUUCGACAAGUACGAGCGGUUGUACACUUCGCAUCCGGAGAAAGAGAAAGAGAAUGGUGAAACGACGACGUAUGAGGUUCGAGUUUUAGAAACGAAGAAGGAUAGCUCUGAGAAAGCAAACGGCUCGGUUACUUCGAAAACUCCAAGCAGUACAGUAGUAGUACUUGGUGUCCCAGAAGCCAUGAAUGAGAUUAAGCUUCAGUUUGUUCAAGCUUCGGAGUCUGGCAGUGAGGUUUCCAAGCUACUCUGCCAUCGCUUAAGGGUGCCUCUUAAUCAAGAUUCAUUUCGAUUGGUGUUUGAGGAAGAUAUGGGGAUAAUCAGUUCACCAAAUUUAUCUUCGACUCUAAAGAAGCUCUUACUAUGGGAGAAGAAACUUUAUUUUGAAGUUAAGGCUGAGGAAAAACUACGAACAAUAUAUCAGAAAAAGUACCAGCAGCUGAAAAUUUUGGAUAGAGAAGGUGGUAAAUCGGUGAAAGCUAAUUCCACUAAAGCCUUACUAAGAGAUCUAUCCACUAAAUUGAAGAUUGCGUUUCAAAUAGUUGAUAGGAUAUCCAUUGCAAUAAAUAAGUUGAGAGAGGAAGAAUUGUGGCCUCAAAUCAAGGAAUUGAACAACAGAUUACUACCAAUGUGGAAAGCUAUGAUAGAAUGUCACAAGCGGCAAUACCAAGCAAUUUCAGAGGUGAAAAGCUUAGAUGGCAAUGCUAUCACAUCUAAUGAAAGACUCAACAAUGCUGAUCUUGAAGCAUCCAUACAACUCAAGAUAGUGCUUCAAACGUGGAACUUGAGCUUCUCCAAUUGGAUUUUCUCCCAAAAGGACUUGAUUAGUACCAUAAAUGGUUGGCUUAUGAGAUGCCUUCUAUAUGAGCCUGAAGAAACAUCCGAUGGCCUAAUACCCUUCUCCCCUGGCCGGCUUGGCGCGCCCAACAUUUUCGUGAUCUGUAACCAUUGGUCCCAAGCCUUGGAUAGGAUCUCGGAGAAGGAAGUGAUUGGAGCCCUUCAAGGCUGUCUUGCUUGUAUUGAUACCCAAUUGAAAGAGCACAAUGUUGAGUUGCUUAAAAUGGUCAUUUCGGAUAAGGAAAUUGAAAGAAAAGUUAAGAUUUUUGAGAGGGAAGAGCAAAAGAUGGUUAAGUUGAUUCAGGGUCGAGAAAAGAAUCUGGUAACAAGCUUUGUUCUUAACCAUAGUGACAUUAUCAAGUGUAAUGAUUUACAGUUGGGUUUGAAGCAGAUCUUCAUGGCUAUGGAGAAGUUCAUGGCUAACUCCAUACAGGUGUAUGAGGAGCUUCGUUUACGCAUUGAGCAACUCAGUGAAUACAAUGCUGCGGCGGAAAACUUAAGUGGUCCAUAAGUAAUAUUUCGCAUAUGGAUAUAUAUGUACGUACAAUGUGGUAUUUUUUUUUUUUAUAUAUAAUAUUGGUUAAAAUUGUUUUGUACCCUUUUAAGUAGUUUAUUAGUAAUGAGUUAUUCUUUAAAAUUUGA